AUGAUUGCACACAACCAAGAUUUUGAAGAUGACCUAGAAUUUGAGUGGAUACUAAUGGAGCGCAUACCUGGCCGUCCGCUGCGAAAGGUAGGGUCUGACAUGUCCUGGCUUCACAAAGAGCUUCUGGUCCACCAAAUAGUAGACUUCAUGGUCCAGCUAUAUCAUUUGGAGCUCUCCGUCGGAGAGGCAGUCAUACAAGCUUUAUUCAAAGACGACCACAUCCAGCAGCCCAUCUACCGCGGUCCGUUCGCAAGCAGCCAAAGCUUCGUAAACAGUCACAUGGCCUUCCUACAGCACGAAAUCACCAAGCGUCAGCACACAGAACACUCAGAUAGCUACGACUCGGACGACGAAGAGCAAGCAGAAGGGAUGUCAGAGAUCUACACCAAACUCCAAAAGGUGAUUCCAAAGAUCUUCACAAAACCAGCGGAGGAGCACGAACAUGAAGAAACGAUACCAUUUAAUAGCGACAUCUCCCUCAACAAUAUCAUCGUGUCCCCUUCCAGCAAUCUAGUCGGCGUCGUAGACUGGGAAUGCACAACCACAGUGCCACCCUGGCACGCAUGUCAGAUCCCCCAAUUUCUCAACGGUCUCAUAUCCACAUGCACAACUUUACAACCCCAACCACCUCCACCCCUCACCGCCGAAGCGCUCGCCAACAAAGACGCCGUACAAUUCCACAAAUAGCAGCUACAAGACUACGAGCUCACCUGUCUUCGCACCUUCUUCGUUGAAGAGAUGCGCAGACAGUGUCCGGAGUGGUUGGUACAGUGGGAAGAUGGGGCAAAGAAGAGGGAUGUGUUGAUUGCGAUUGAAGAGUGUGGGAAUGACAAUCGGUGGACGUUGAUCAAUGGGUGGUUGGAUGUGGUGUUGGAGUGUUGGAGCUGGGUGGUUCUAUGUCUCCAGGUGCAAAGUCAGAAACUGUCAUGUUGAGGAGAUAUUAGCAU